GGGGGGACAUUCUCAGCACAGUUCCAGUGGUGAGUGCCAUCCCUGGAGCCAGCCCUGGCUGCUCCUGGCACUGGGGUUACAGGGGCACUGAGCCCGGGGGGACAUUCUCAGCACAGUUCCAGUGGCCGGAGCUGGAGGACACGGGCUGGCAGGAGCUGCCAGGGUGCCAGGCUGUGGCUGGCACAGGCUGUGACUUCUCCUCGGCCAUCUCCGAGUACUACGAUGCCCACUACGUGCGCGUCAGGGCGCAGGCAGGGCCGCUGCUGUCCCCGUGGUCCGAGGUCCUGGAGAUGGUUCCAGAGCAAGUCGCCCAGAUUGGUCCACCAGGACUGGAAUUGCAGUCCACAAAUGGAGUUGUAAAAGUUAUGGUUUCUCCUCCAGAAGCAAAUCAGAGGAAAAAAAUGUGGAUCAAUGACCUGAGUUUUAAAUAUAACCUGGUCUUCUGGGAAAACUCCUCACAUGCUCAGCUGCAGAGUAAAAACAUUUUCCCUGUUGACAACAUUCAUGACCUUGCCCCAGACAGCACCUAUUGCUUCAAAGUCCAAGCAAAUCUCCCCAUGGAGGGAAAGGAAGGCUUGUUCAGCCCCACCAGCUGUGUGAAAACCACCCAGAAAGUGAACGACCCCCUGUGUGCCACCAACCUGAGUGUCCUGGCUCUGAACAUGAAAUUCCACCUGCUUUGGAGCAGCCAGGAAAAUCAGGAUGUGAACUACAACGUGCAGUACCUGCUUGGUUUCUGGAAGAAGCUCAAUGGUGAUUUCUCAGACAAGUGGCUCAGUGUCCCUGGCUGUGAGAACACCACCAGCACCUGCUGCAACUUCUCCUCCAUCAUCACCCCCAAUGGAUUUUAUUACCUGCGAGUGCAGGCCAGGGAGGGACACACCAAAUCCUGCUUCUCCAGGGAAGUCAAAGUGGAUCCUCUGAAAACAAAUGGAAUUGGCCCUCCUGGUGUAAGGCUGGACCUCAGUGAUACUUUGCUCCACAUCCUUAUUUCUCCUCCAGGAGGAGAUGAGGAUGAAGUCAUGAGGGACCAUUAUGACUUGUCCUACAGGAUCCUGUACUGGAAGAAUUCCUCAGAUAUGAAGGAGGAGGUGAAGCAGAAGGAGGUGAAGCAGACCAUAGCCACAGUCCCUGAUGUGUCCCCCUCCACGCUGUACUGUGUCAGAGUCCAGGCCUUCUCUGAGCCCUACAACAAAAGCAGUGCCUACAGCCAGCAGGAAUGCAUCCACACCCCUGGAGGUACACCUUUACCUCUGAUCAUUUUUGGGAUUUUCAUGGGUGCCCUGCUGCUUGUCCUGCUGGUGGCCACUCCUCUUGUUUUUGUGCUCUACCAAGCCUACAACAAGAUCAAAUACGUGUUCUUCCCCUCCUGCCAGCCCCCCCUGAACAUCGAGGGAUUUGGAGCACGGCCCUUCAGCAGCCCUUACCUGUCAGCUGCAGCAGAGGAAUCAGUGGAAAAUUGCUGUGUGAUUGAAUCCAUGGUCACAGAAGAGGGAAAUCAGAUUGUUUUUACAGAUUACAGUCAUUCCAAGCACAGCAGUCGAGACUCAGGGAAUUAUUCCAACGACGACAACACUUCUGGGAGCAAAGGAUCCAAAGAAACACUGGAAAGGGGAAUGCUGUAACUUUGGGCAAAGGAAAUUCCUUUAUGGGAUUGUCAACUUCACAAACACUUCAAACCUCUUUGUGAUGGAAAUCCCAGCCUGAGGGGGACACUGGGACCUUUGGGAUCCUCAAGGGGACAGUGUGGCCUUUGGGUUCCAGUGGGAACACUGGGACCUUUGGGAUCCUCAGGGGGACACUGGGACCUUUGGGAUCCUCAGGGGGACACUGGGACCUUUGGGAUCCUCAAGGGGACAGUGUGGCCUUUGGGUUCCUAUGGGAACACUGGGACCUUUGGGAUCCUCAGGGGGACACUGUGAUCUUUGGGAUCCUAUGGGGACACUGGGACCUUUGGGAUCCUCAAGGGGACACUGUGAUCUUUGGGUUCCUAUGGGAACACUGUGACCUUUGGGAUCCUAUGGGGACACUGGGACCUUUGGGAUCCUAUGGGGACACUGGGACCUUUGGGAUCCUCAAGGGGACAGUGUGACCUUUGGGAUUGCUGGAUUUGGGUUCCCAGGGCUGCCCUUGCUGGGGGAGCUCCUCAGCCCUGGCUGGGAAUGACCCCAGUGUCCCCACCCCACCCAGGGCUGUCCCUAUGCACCAGGAGCAGCUUUGGGCACUUCUCUACUUGAAGCUGUGAGCUGAGCAGAGCCUGCCUGCUCCAGCAGAGUUGUGUGGAGUUACUCCCACAGUGUUUACACAGCCAGAGGAAAUCCAUGCUGGACACAAACCUGUGGAAUUUUCACUUGCUCUUCCAGCCCCUGCUUGGCUCAGCAGGUCCAGAGCUAAAGGUGCCAGGGGAGCAAGAGGAGCAGCAGUGAGGAGGCUGGGGUUCCUCACAGGAUUCCUCAGGAGGUUCCUCACUGGAUUCCUCAGGAGGUUCCUCACAGGGUUCCUCAGGAGGUUCCUCACAGGGUUCCUCAGGGGAUUCCUCAGGAGGUUCCUCACAGGGUUCCUCAGGAGGUUCCUCACAGGGUUCCUCAGGAGGUUCCUCACAGGGUUCCUCACGGAGUUCCUCAUGGAUGUGUCUGGGAAUGUUCCCAGUGCUUGUUCCACGUCUCACUCCCCAUCCCUGGAAUGUCCCAGGCCAGGUUGGACCCUGGGGCUGGAGCAGCCUGGGACAGUGGAAGGUGUCCCUGCCAUGGCAGGGGGGGUUGGGAUGAGCUUUAAAGUCUCUCCAAACUCAUUCUGGGAUUAGCAGGACCCUGGUGGAAUUUAGGAAUGCCUUUAGCAGAGGGCUGAGCUUGGCACUCAGAGCUUUCCCUGUUUUGCCAACAGACUUUUCUUUGGACAAACAAUCAGGAUGUGCUGCAGCAACAUUUCAGUUUCCAUAUUCCAUAUUUUCCAUGCUGACUCCACUGUCUUCUGGAGCCAUUUUUUCUUAAGUACCUUAUUUUUUUAUGGAGAAAGUUCUUAGGAGUCAGCUGGGUGCAGGGAUCCCAUGGACUGCUGUUGUUGUUCUAUCUAAGAACUCUUGGUGUUUAUAUAACUUUUUUUUUUUUUUUUAAUUUUGAAGAUACUACCUAAUUUUAUAAAUUUCCUGUUCCUGUGUUCAUUGAAGAACAUAAUAAAUUUUGCACAUUUGCUUCUUA